CCUUAAGCGAUAUCUUUGAUUUGCCAGCUGUUGAUACGCGUCGGUGGCAUAGCUUUGACUGACACAUGGUAGUUUCAGUCAAAACAGCGAAAAAUGGCGUCUGCUUCGGCGCCUCUUUUAGACGAUGACACGCUGGCGUUUGGCGAAGAGGAGGAAAUAAACUCUAAGAAAAUAGUGCAUCCAUAUGUCACAUUUUUCCAUUUAUCCUUCAGAGUAUCAGCGCUGCUAGUGUACAUGUUAUGUGGCCUGUUCAGUACUAGUUUCAUUGCGAGUUUUGUGACGAUAGUGUUGCUUCUGUCAAUGGAUUUUUGGACUGUGAAGAAUAUUACAGGAAGACUUAUGGUUGGUCUUCGGUGGUGGAAUUAUGUUGAUGAUGAUGGGAAGUCCCACUGGGUUUUUGAAGCAAGAAAGAAUAAAGUUAAUGCAACAGAAGCACAGAUAUUUUGGCUGGCCUUAAUUCUGUGUCCACUGUUGUGGAGCAUCUUGUUCCUGGUUGCGUUGUUUGGAUUUUCCUUUAAGUGGUUGCUUGUCAUCUGCAUAGCUUUAGCCCUUAAUGGAGCAAAUUUAUAUGGCUACAUAAAGUGUAAAAUUGGAAGCAACCAGUCGGUUGGACAGUCCGUUUCAUCAAUGACCUCAGAUUUCUUUAGGAAGCAAGUGAUACAGAAUAUGGCAUCUCUAUUAACGAGGAGCAAUCAGCGUCCAAGUAAUGCACCAGGACAGACAAAUGUGAUUUAAAUUGUUCCUCAUAUAUGGAAACUGAAGACUUAAAAAUCAAAUAUAUUCCAAAUUUUCUUCUGUAUUAUACUGUAGUAUUUGUAACUUAUUUAUAUCUGACAAGUCUUCCUGUUCUUUUCAGCACAAUGGUAUUUUUCUCUGUACAUGUCAGUUUCUUACAUUCCAUAACUGCUUUUGUCAUUGAGAAGUUUCUUCAGAAAUAACACUGCUGCAAUCCAACAAAAUUGAGUAUUUGCAUUACUCCUAUGUUCGGAAACAGUUGGCAUCAAUUAUCAUCCUGUAUUUCUAUCAUUAUCAAAACAAUGUGUACAGUAGUGAAUACCAUUUAUUGUUGCAUGAUGCAUUGGAAUUGUAAAUUAUGUGACUCAAUAUGAGAUGUAACACAGUAUACUGAACAGAGACUUCAAUGGCCUCACAUUGUGAUGAGCUCACAAUUUAAUGAAAAUAUGUAAGUGUGUAAAUUGCUUCACCUCAAGAUGUUAUUUUGUAAACAAAAGACCUGUUUUGUCAUUACCAUGACUAUUUGUAAAUAUUGUAUAAAAGAGAGUUGUGUUUCAUGGUUAACAUGUAAUUACUUAUGACUGUUCACUGAAAUGUGUGACUGUAUUUAUGCAAAUGCAGAGAGAGAGAGAGAGAGAGAGAGAGAGAGAGAGAGAGAGAGAGAGAGAUUGAUUGAUUGAUUGAUUGAUUCAUGAACUGUUUGAUCUUCAGCAUAAUGCUGAGGUAUAUUUUUACGGUUUUUAUUUCCUUGUCAUACACUAUUUAAUAAAAAGUAUGUCUGUAAAAUA